AUGGACUAUGCAGAGUACCACAUCGUCUAUGUCGACAACCGUUUGAGCCGAGAUCUCGACGGAAAAGUGGUUCAAAAGUCAGAGUCAAUUCGUUCGGAUGGAGCAAACACGUACGGCGAACAUAUGUGGGAGGAUCGAAAUCCGGAAUGCUUGAAAGCUAUCCUUGGAGAAGUUGAAGAAGUGCGCAGCAACCUCAAGAGUCUUCUGUCCGUAUUCAAUGGAGUGCAUACCUGCAUUUCCGGCGAUACUUGCAUGGCUAAAGUCUCACAUCUCGAAUCUCUGAGUACUGAUAUCCAACCUGUACUUGUCAUGCUGGGGACGCCGGCCAACGAAGGGGUAGAAGGCCGUUCGGACGAGAUUCCGAAAGAGUCUUCGUCCUCCGAGCUCGCAGACUGCUACGGUCUCGCUCUUCUAGAGCACAUUUCGGCGGAGAUCUCAACUUCAAGCCUCUCAAAGCUGGUCGUACCUGUGGCGAUGAUUUACAAUAAAGGAUCCGAACGUCCCACCAGCCAUACGUUCACGAACAACCGCCCAUCGCGGCCUUCCUCAGGCGGCUUCUCCGUAUUUGGAUCGACAUCCUCCAGCCCGAGAAGGGCCGCCGGCAACCCGGCCUUGUCAGAAUACCAACAGAUGCUGAGAUGCGUUGACACUGGAGCUAUAGAUGUCCUAACAUCCCCUUUGCAAGUAGAACGCCUUCGUGGCUUGACGGUGCAUGCUUGUCGCGCGCAAAAGGAGGCGCGGAACGAACGUGCGAAGUUUCUCGCGCAGAAGAGAGUGAGAAAGCGGUCUUGGCUUGGCAACAACGACAACAAACCCUACGCUUAUCUUCGAGAAGCUAUGGUCUCAGGACUGAUGAAAGGCAUCUGCAACCCCGAUGAAGAAUUACACCCAAUUGACCUUAAAAAGCUGCCCCCUCUGGAAUCGAGAAAGGAAGAAGCGUUGUCUCGCGCCCUUGGGUCUUGGGCUUUCUCCGGUCACGACUACUCGGAAGAUGAUCUGAUUCACGCAGCCUUCCUUAUGCUUCAACACGCUCUGACCAUCCCAGAACUUGAUAAAUGGCGACUAUCCGCAGCUGAUCUGACGAUUUUCUUGAUGGCCAGCCGUGCUGCUUACAAUGGCUUUGUGAAUUACCACAAUUUCCGUCACGUAGUUGAUGUCAUGCAAGCCAUCUUCUACUUUUUAAUCCAGCUUGGCACGCUACCUCCCUUCCCGGCUUCGUCGGUACAGUCAGGUGUAAACAGAGAGAUUUCGCCAAUCGCAGCUUUACUGAAGCCUUUCGAUGCUCUUACACUCCUGAUAACCGCGAUUGGGCAUGAUGUCGGCCACCCGGGUGUUAACAAUGCGUUCCUCGUGGCUCUCAACGCACCACUCGCUCAACUAUACAAUGACAAAUCCGUGCUCGAAGCAUUUCACUGCGCAGCCUACUCGCAGAUUCUGCGCCGCUACUGGAAGGCUGCAUUCGAAGACAUCCCAAUGCGUGGGCUUAUGAUUAAUUCAAUAUUAGCAACUGAUAUGGGUAUGCAUUUCAAUUAUAUGAGGGAGCUCGGAAAUUUGCAGGGUAAGGUGUACCAUAACAAUGGCACCGACGGCUGGAGUCCUCAAGUCCUAGACGACUACAGGAUACUUACAUGUGCCCUACUUGUCAAGUGUGCAGACAUUAGCAACGUUGCACGUCCUUUCGAAGUCGCCGUUAAAUGGGCCAACAUUCUUCAGCUUGAAUUUGCCAAUCAAGGCGUAAUGGAGAAGGAUGUAGGCAUACCUACCACGCUUUUCGGUGGUCCGCCAGAGCUGGGCAACCUUAUCAAGCUCGGAAACUCCCAAAACAGCUUCAUGAACAUUUUUGCGCGUCCAUUGUUUGAGGCUGUUACUGAUAUUCUGCCUGCAAUGGCGUUCGCUGUUGACGAGAUGAAAGCAAACCAAGAGAUCUGGACCGAAAGGAUCAAGAAACAGACAUUCAAAGAGGAUAGCAUGGGUUGGAAGAAGCAAAGGUCGUCCGAGGGUCUCUUAUCUCCGCGUUCAGGGAGCCCAGACCGUCCUGCCAGUCAGCCUGAGUUCUCACAUCCGGAAGGACUGCCAGCAUCUCAACCUCUGGAGACCUCGCCAAUGGCGCAAGCUGCUCAAUUGGCGGACGAGCCGCGUAGGGCGUCAGCCUCCUCAAUCCCUCACCAUCUCGGCUCUUUUGAUUCGGGUGCUCAUAGCCAGAAUACAUCCCGCCGCUCCUCCCUCGGCCGCAAUCUGAAUCAAGUGAACCCUACCACCGACUCAGCCUCAUACUCGCGUCGCUCAUCAGGUGCGUCUCCUGCUGCGAAUACUUCGCAUGCAACUGUCACCACUAGACGGCUGAAUAACAGCUCGCCUAGUCAGCUGCAAUUAGGCUUGAACGCCGACUUAAGGUCUCAGGCAGCAUCUACUGUUACCACUUCUGAGAAUAUACAACCAAAAGGACGUGCGUCUGAGGAUACUCUGUCUCAAACAGCAUUUUCUGGAAUUGGCCUGUCUACGAAUGGGAGUCGCCGCGGCUCUCGCGAAUCCGCUGGGGCAGGAGAUAUUUCACGUCGCGGCAGCAAAGACGAUGAUACUGACAAUUGGCGCUCCAAUCGCUUCACGGCCAAUACAAUCGUAGGUAGACCGUACACACAUUGCGCUCACCAUCGCUCAUCUUCUGGCGCACAUACCAACAAUACCAGCAUGUCUCAAUCUACGCCAUACUCUCCAACUGGGACCCAGGCCACGAGCGUCUUGACUGUGGAUAGCGAUGAGAAGAGCUCUCAAUCUAGAUUAGACAGCUGGGCUGGCCCCGAGCGCAAAGGAAUGCCGGACGUCGUGAACUUGGAGCGACCAGGGAAUGGACAUCGACCUGGAAACGUGACUGGACAGGAUGGAGCCAAGGAUAUUGACAUCAAGACUUCUGUUAUGAGCAACGGCAGCAUGAGAGAUGGGGGUGGGCAUCAACGCGUUGUUGGAAGGAAAGGCUCGAGAUUCAAUUUCAAUUUUUGGAAGAAAAGAGGUAAAAGCGUGGAGGCCAGCCCCUGA